CGCACGCAUCCCUUUGUACUCGGACUCGGAGCUGCAAGAAAUAAUGAUCCGGAAUAGCAGCUUUUGGUUCACUCGGUACCCCCAGUCGACAUUUGGUGAUGUAAAUUAACUCGUUGUUGCAAGUUAUAGAACCUAUGGCAGCUUAUGUAGAGUUAUUUGUUGUAAUUCUGUUGUAAACAUUUGAAGAGCUUUGUGUUUGAUACAAUUUCUCAUUUUUAAUGCAAAAUCUGAGAGGACUCAACUGACUCGGGUUAAUGGUCACUAAGGACUCAUGGUUCUCGAGUCAUUUUAGGGAUCGGGUUAAAUGAUCCGAGUUUCGGGUGACUCGCUCAUCACUACAGACCACGACGCUGAAAGAACUGACUGCAUUUGAUUCGCAUUACAUUCGUGAAAAUUUUUUAGAUCCCACGCGCAUAACAUGUCUGUCAAUGACGAAGCUGAAAUGGAGACGAGAAUCAUUGACUUCAUAAAGAAAAAUGGUGAAUGCACCGCUUUAAUUAUCAGUAAAGCUCUCGGGGUAAAUAAAAACACCAUUAAUACUCAUUUGUACAAUUUAGGGGAAUCGAAUCUGUUAAAAGUAACAGAAGGACUACCUCCUGUAUGGGAUCUGAGGGAGGAAACAGAUGAUCCUAAAUCCGAACUGAUAUCUGAUUCAAGAUCUAUUGAUACUGUAUCUAUAAAGAAAGAGAUGAGUGAGAUUUUAAGAUCAGGACGAGAAACAGGGUUAAAAGCUCAUCAGAUAGCAACAGGUGUGGGACAACCGAAGAAAACUGUGAAUAAACUUCUGCACAUUAUGGAGAAGAAGGGUGACGUACGGAAAUCUGACAAUAACCUGUGGAUGGCCACUGAAACAAGCCUAAAGCAAUUCAGUAAAUUGCGUGAUGACGUCAGCGUCUCAGAUUUAGGCUCCAGAUUAUCUCAGUGUUUUCAUGAGAUUACACAGCUUGGUUCUGGAGGCUUUGGUUGUGUUUUCAAAGCACGACACAAAUUAGAUGGCAAGAUGUAUGCUGUAAAGGUUGUCAAGUUAACAAAAGGCGCUGAUUCUGAGGUCAAGGCUUUGGCUCAAUUAGAUCAUCCAAAUAUUGUACGUUAUAUCACAUGUUGGCAAAGUUCUGAGACCUGGGAAUCCUAUAAAGACAAGUCCAGCCAAUCAUCUUCGGAUCAUGACAUAAGUGAUGGUGUUACAUCAGGAACGAAAAGUCUGGAUACAACAUCACGAUCUUUGUUCAUUCAGAUGGACUUCUGUGAGGGUGGGACAUUAACUGCAUGGAUACAUGAAAGAAAUUUUAUGAAAAAACAGAGAACCACAGGAAUGUAUCAAAUAUUUUAUGAAAUUGUCAGUGGAGUGGAAUACAUUCAUUCAAACAAACUUAUCCAUCGAGACCUGAAGCCGGAUAACAUAUUUUUUACAGCUGAAGGCAAAGUGAAAAUUGGAGAUUUUGGACUGGUGGCGCCUCUGAUGAAUCCCAAUGGUGGCUCUGCUUAUAGAUCUAUAGGAAGAGGAACACCUUCAUAUAUGAGUCCUGAACAGGAAAACGAGAGACAUUAUGAUGCAAAAAUAUUUCCCCUUGGACUCCUAUGGUUUGAGAUGUUAUGGAAAUUGUCUAGUGGCAUGGAGAGAGCAAAGCUCUGGCCAGAUUUAAGAAGGCAAACAUUUCCUGAAGGAUUCUGUGACAAACAUCCAAAUGAUUAUGAAUUCAUCAGAAAGAUGCUCUCACACACACCACAGGACAGACCACAGGCCAAAGAAAUAAAGGAAAAUCUUGACAGAUUUUUCUGUAGUGAUCAGAAUGUGUUAAGCCAGAAAACAAUUUAAGAUAAACGGCGGUCUGGUUAAAUAAUCUUCUUAACAUCAAAACAAUGUCUGUAGUAUUUCUGUCCAAGUCAUAAAUGUAUACUAUCUAUACUAUCAUCAAGAUAUCAAUGGUUAAUAUGUUGUGGAGUGGUUUUAUAAACAACAGUCAUGACUAGGAGAGAAAGAGAGACACUUUUUCUUAAAUACUGUACAUUAUGAUGAUUUGAGGCUACUUUAAGAAUACUGUAUUUUCAUAAAAAUGUUCAUAAUGUUUGCUUAUUUAAAAGAACUUUUUAACUUUUGCAUCUAAAAUAAAGCAUUUCUA